AGAACCAAUUUUAGAAAAUGGCCACCAAAAUAGAGUUGCCUAAAACAGUUUUGGAGAACGAGAAUUUGUUCUCCAAACUCAAAAAUUUGGAAAAACAAAUAAAGCUCUCCGAUAUUCAGGAGGACUACAUAAAAGAAGAGUACAAGAACCUACAGCUGGAGCUUAUUAGAGCUAGAAACGAGAUAAAGAGAAUACAAAGUGUGCCCCUUCUGAUUGGACAAUUUUUGGACAUUAUCGAUAAGAAUUAUGGCAUCGUCUCAUCCACCGCCGGGUCAAACUAUUACGUGCGCAUUCUUUCAACAAUAAAUAGGGAACUCUUGACCCCAAACACGAGUGUAGCACUUCAUAGACACAGCCAUAGCGUUGUAGAUUUGCUGCCUCCAGAGGCAGAUUCAUCUAUUCAAAUGUUAACUGUCGCAGAGAAACCAAAUGUUACAUACUCGGAUAUUGGUGGUAUGGACUCACAAAAGCAAGAGAUUAGAGAAGCUGUUGAAUUACCACUUACAUGUCCAGAGCUCUAUAAACAAAUUGGAAUCGAUCCACCCGUUGGAGUUUUACUCUAUGGACCUCCAGGAACUGGAAAGACUAUGCUUGCGAAGGCUGUUGCACAUCAUACUAAUUGUACAUUUAUCAAAUUUGUUGGUUCAGAAUUUGUCCAAAAGUAUCUGGGAGAGGGCCCUAGAAUGGUUCGUGAUAUUUUUAGAUUGGCCCGUGAAAAUGCUCCUGCAAUAUUGUUUAUCGACGAAGUUGAUGCAAUUGCAACAAAAAGAUUUGAUGCACAAACUGGUGCAGAUAGAGAAGUUCAACGUAUAUUGUUGGAAUUAUUGAACCAAAUGGACGGUUUCACACAAAAUGUGGAUGUAAAAGUUAUCAUGGCGACAAACAGACCAGAUACUUUGGAUCCAGCUCUUUUGCGUCCAGGGAGAUUGGAUAGGAAAAUUGAAUUCCCGUUGCCAGAUCGGAGGGAAAGGAGACUAAUUUUCCAGACAAUCACCAGUAAAAUGAAUGUCGCUGAUGAUGUAGACUUGGAAGUCAUUGUUUCAAGACCGGAGAAGAUUUCUUCUGCGGAUAUUGCUGCGAUUUGCCUGGAAGCUGGUCUUCAGGCUAUUCGUAAUAAUAGAUAUGUUGUUACUACAAAGGACUUUGAACAAGGAUGGGAUCGACACGUUCGCAAACAUGAACUUGACUAUCACUUUUACGGGAUUUAA